GUGUCGAGAUGGAGGAAGCGACACCUAUUCCCAGCUGAAAACGUUCAUUAAUCUUGGGCGUUGUCAUCAGAACUUUGGCUGGCUUUUUUAGGUACAGUCAGAAAAAAAACCUUGUAUUUAUUAUUGUCCAGAUUUUACAAAGAAUAUAAAACCCUGGGAAAUGGUGCAUUAAAGAGAAGACCGCUGCUGCAUUGGAUUAUUGUAUUGUUUAUUUUGUCCCAAAUUCCAAACCUCUGCAGAAUUUGUACGUGAAUUUGAUGAAAAGCUGAAGCAUGGCGAAAGCAAUGCUGUAUGCAGGCAGGAAGAGAAGUCGGCCUGUAUCAAGAGGCAGUAAGCCGUUGCCUCUAGAUAGAGUGAAGACGAACCCUUCAAAGAGACACAGGGACCGGCUAAACACCGAACUGGAGCGCCUGGCCUCGCUGCUGCCUUUCCCAGAGCACAUCACCAACAAACUGGACAAACUCUCCAUCAUGAGGCUUGCUGUCAGCUUCCUGCGAGCCAAGGCCUUCUUUGGUAACUCUUUGCAGAAAAAAUACCAAGUUCCUGCCCUCCUUUCACCACUGACAGUCAACCAAACAAGUAUAAACCAACAGGGGGUGCCAUCCCCUGGUUUCAUGGUGCCAGAGGGAGACCUGCUGCUCCAGGCAGUGAAUGGUUUUGUGCUGGUCGUGACGGGAGAGGGGACUAUCUUCUACACCUCACACACCAUUCAGGACCACCUCGGCUUCCACCAGAGUGAUGUGAUCAAUCAGAGUGUGGAUGAGCUGAUCCACACGGAGGACAGAGAGGAGUUCAACAGGCAGCUGCACUGGGCACUUGAUCCACCCAAGAAAGCAGGAGGAGAGAGGUACACCAGUGACCCAGCGAUGCUGUACCAGCCCACACAGCUGCCCCCAGAGAACUCACCCUUCUUUGACAGGAGCUUCGUCUGCCGAAUGCGCUGCCUGCUUGACUCCAACUCUGGCUUCUUGACCCUGCACUGUCAGGGGAAGCUGAAGUUUCUCAAUGGUAUGAACAGGAAGUCCCAGAGUGUGGACAAGGCCCCCUCCCAGCUGGCCCUCUUUACCAUCGCAGUUCCGGUCCAGCCACCUGCCAUCAUGGAGAUCCGGACCAGGAGCCUGGCCUUCCGCAGCAAACACCAGCUAGACUUCUCUCCCAUUAGCAUUGAUGCAAAGGGGAAACUGCUUCUUGGCUGGACGGAGGCUGAGCUGAAGACUCAUUCUGGAUAUUAUUUCAUACACUUUGAUGACAUUUUGUACUGCGCUGAGAACCAUUUGAAGAUGAUGAAGACAGGGGAUAGUGGGGUGACAGUUUUCCGCCUUCUCACAAAGAAGCAUACGUGGAUUUGGAUCACUGCUAUCGCCAGAGUGACUUAUAAAGAUGACAAACCCGACUGCAUCAUUGCGACUCAACGGCCACUGACAGAUGCUGAAGGAGAGGAGCACCUUCUCAAGAGAGCAAAGCAUGACAAGUUCUUGCUGGACAAGCAGUCUCUGUUGUACAACAGUAGUGAUCUCUUGAGCCUGCAGGCCAGCAGGUGUUGCCAGCAGGUGGAGAUAGAGGGACACGCUGCAGAGAGGCACUUUGACCCUAGCAGCAUCCUGGCAGACCCUCUUCAUCAGGAUCAAGUUUCCUAUAUCUACCACCCCCCCGAGGAGUCUGCACCCUUCCUGUCCCCUUCCACCACCCCUUCCUCUUCCCCAGGCCUGCAGACCGAGAAAGCAACCUGGCCAGAGCUCCCUGCAGAUGUGAGCAUCUGGGAGAUGUUGUGGCGGUACGGGUUGAGUCAAGAGGACCUGGAGCUCAUCCAAAUGGAUGAUACUAUGGUGGUUCACCCCGGAGAGUUCUUACCACAUGGUGUCACAAAUGUCUCCGGCCCCGAUCCCAGCCAGAACGUGCAUUGCACAGGACUCUCCUGCACCAGCGUCCAGUGAAAUAAAAUAAAACAGACUAAAUAUAAACACAAACCUUUUUAUUGGAGUUUUCAGUCUUCCACUCCUCCUCCUAUCUCUGACUCUUGAUUCUUCAUGUCUUUGCUCCACUGUUCAUGAAUUAGCCCUUGUCUCAAAAGGCAAAACUGUGAACUAUUGCAUGAAAGGACCUUGAGAUUGUAAUAGGCAGAAUUUAAGUUUCCAGUUCUAAUCAUCACCGUACAAAAAAGAUAUUGCACUUAAGAAAGAAGAAAAAGGUGAUUGCAGUGUUUUAAAAGGACAAGUCAGAGUGAAGUACUUUGAGGUAGGAAAUCCUGGCUUUGAAUCAAAGCUCAGCUAUAAUUAUGGUUUUAGUUCAACAGUGCUCUAGAAACAGUAGCCCACUGAUGGAGCAUCUGAGCUGGACUGUCUGAGGGAAGUGUGUAUCAUGGUUGGUGUGAUUUGCGGGCCAACAGUUUUGGCCUAACCUCUUUGCCUAAAGACAUCUCUCAGACUAGUCUGUUCAACAAGGGCAAGUAAAAUAAUCCAUAACCUGAGGAUGAAUAAAUGAUAAGGCUGUAGACAUGGAUCUAAAUUUGCUAUGUCUGGGGUUACCUGUAAAUGUUUUCAGUAGCCUUUCAAAAAGUAAAUAAUGAUCCCAUCCACACACUGCUACAUAUGUACAGCGUGGAGUUCGCACUUUGUGCAGCACUUUUGUUUCACAGCAGAAGUGAUCUGAGGUAGAUUUACAGUAGGUGAUAUUGGCAGGAUCUCUGGAACAUUUGUGUGGCAGGCUAAGCAGCUACCUGUGUUCAAUUUUCAGAGGUAGUUUGAUUUGUGUGCUGGUAGUGUGGCCCACACUGUAGCUCUUACCCUGGUCGCACCAGAGAGGCCAGGAUCCCAGAUUUCUGUUAUGAACUUCCAGCCAUGUCAACAGACCUUUGAUACACUAGCCAGGAAUUUUGUCUGAUAGGAAACUGUCUCUCACUGUUGGUUUUGCACACAAGCAGUUUUACCUUAGAAAAACACAGUAUGCCUGUCCUAUAGAGUUUAUCUGGUAGUCUCUCUUGGGCUUUUUCAAUGCAGUCAUUUCCUGGCUCCCAUCUCUCUGCAUGUGCAAGUCAACAUUAAAUAAUUAAUGACUUAUUGAUUUGAGUUAUAGAGAUGCUUCCAAAGAUUUUGUUUGCUCAGCCUUUGUGUUUUCAAUGAGACAAACGCUUGAGGCUGGCAGAUGUUUCACAUUGCUGUCUAGAUGCUGAACUGUUUUGCAAACCGAAUACAGUCACUAAAACUAGGUUAAUCAUUCACUGAAGAGAUCAAUCAUUAAUAUCCUGUGCAACCAUUGUCCAUGUGUAAAUAUUAUUUUAAUCAUAUAUAUAUUCUUGAAUGUAAGCUAUAACAUUGUUAUCUUUAAAACACAGUGUCAAAAUCCUGUCUUUGCAGUUAGAAGAAUAAUUUUCUAUUAUUAUUAUUUAGAAAUAUAAUUUCUAUUAUAUUAUUUCUUUCAAAGGGGCUCAUUUAAACC